UGUGAAAUAUUUCCGACCUUCCCCGACGACAGGCGGAUCGUUAUCAGCGUUCGUGUUUGCGAAAAAGCUGACGGCUUUGUUUUGUUUUCGCAUCAGCUAAUCCUGCCGGAUCAACUCGGAUUACCCGCCGUAGCCAUCAUUCCACUGUUUGGAAACAUUGUAAGUUCCAGACAGCAAUGGCCAGUGUCAGUGCCCCGCUGGUGAUGCGGAUAGUGGCCAGCUCGAUUCAGAUUGCCGGUCGUGCGGGGCGAAUCAUCCGCGACGUAAUGGCCAAGGGUGAUUUGGGCAUUGUCGAGAAGGGCAAGGAUGACUUGCAAACUGAGGCGGAUCGAUCGGCUCAACGGUGCAUUAUCGCUUCGCUGACAAAGCUAUUUCCCAAUGUGACCAUAAUAGGGGAGGAGGGUUCCAGUGAUCUCAAGGUUCCGGAUGAUUGGAUUGUUUCUGAUUUUAACGCGGAAUUUUUGGAGCGCAAUGUUUGUCCCGAUGGGUUGAAGCAAGUGAAGGAGUCCGAUUUGGUUAUUUGGGUUGAUCCACUCGAUGGGACCGGUGAAUACACUCAAGGCUUCCUGGAACGGGUCACGGUGCUAAUAGGUAUAUCAGUGAACGACAGAGCCGUUGGAGGAAUAAUUCAUCAACCGUACUUUAAAACGGAUUGCAAUGAGUUUGGACGUACUAUAUGGGGUGUUAAGGGUAUUGGAACCGGUGGUUUUGUUCCUAAAACUGUCCCAUCCGACCGUUUAAUAGUGACUACCACUCGAUCACAUUCCAAUGCAGUUGUCCAGGCAGCUCUUGAUGCCCUCGCCCCAGAUGAGGUCCUGAAAGUGGGCGGAGCAGGGUACAAAGUCUUACAGCUCUUGGAAGGUAAUGCUCACGCGUACGUGUUUGCGAGUGCCGGGUGUAAAAAGUGGGAUACGUGCGCUCCUGAGGCAGUUCUGGAGGCACAGGGAGGAACGCUUACCGAUAUCCUCGGUCGGCACUAUCGUUACGGUCGCGACGUAAGUUUCCCGAAUGCUUGUGGUGUACUUGGCACAGCCAAAGGCAUUUCACAUGACGAGAUACUCGCUAAAUUGCCUGAUAGCGUCAAACAGGCCAUGAACAAAACCGACUAGACGAUUUGAAAAUGAGGCUAAUAGUAAAAUUGACCGGAUGAUUAAAAGUUAAAAAAUUUA